UCUGCUGCUGCUCCGCCUGCCCACCUCUCUCUCCCUCUCCCUCUCCCUCUGCAUGCCCAUGUAUGUGCCUUGGGCUCUGGGGCCAGGCGCCGCUGCGGGUGACGGCGCGCCAUUAAUAGCAACGGGGCCAGCCUCCUCCUCCUCCUCCUCCUCUUUCUCCUCCUCCUUCUCGGCUUGGGCACCGGCGCCAUGCGCUCCUCCGAAAGGGAAGCCGAGGAAGCGGGGCUGGAGCGCUUCCAGAGCCCCGGCCGAGGCAGGGGGCUGCGGGCCCGGCGCCGCUUCGCCCUCGGGGAGCUGCUCUUCGCCUGCCCGGCCUUCACCUGCGUCCUCACCGUCAACGAGAGGGGCAACCACUGCGAGGGCUGCUUCGCCAGGAGAGAAGGCUUGUUUAAAUGUGGAAAAUGUAAGCAGGCUUUUUACUGCAACGUGGAAUGCCAGAAACAGGACUGGCCAUUGCACAAGCUAGAAUGUUCUGCGAUGUGUGUGUUUGGACAGAACUGGAAUCCCUCAGAGACAGUGAGACUCACUGCGAGGAUCCUUGCCAAACAGAAAACACAAACAGAAAGAUGUGAGUCAGAAAAACUCCUCUCUGUGAAAGAGUUUGAAUCCCAUCUUGAUAAGCUCGACAAUGAAAAGAUGGAACUGAUUCAGAGUGAUAUUUCUGCUCUCCAUCACUUUUAUUCAAAGCAUAUAGAAUAUCCUGACAAUGCAGCUCUUGUGGUCCUUUUUGCUCAAGUUAACUGCAAUGGAUUCACAAUUGAAGAUGAAGAACUUUCACACUUAGGUUCAGCGAUAUUCCCUGAUGUGGCGCUCAUGAACCACAGCUGUUGCCCCAAUGUGAUUGUUACCUACAAGGGAACCGUGGCAGAAGUCAGAGCUGUGCAGGAGAUAGAACCUGGAGAUGAGAUAUUCACCAGUUACAUUGACCUGCUAUAUCCCACAGAAGACAGAAAUGACCGUUUAAAAGAUUCCUAUUUUUUUACCUGUGAUUGCAGAGAAUGCAUUACUAAAGUUAAGGACAAAGAUAAACUGGAAAUCCGCAAGUUGAAUGAGCCUCCCCCAGCAGAAGCUGUGCGAGAUAUGAUCAAAUAUGCCAGAAAUGUGAUCGAGGAGUUCAGGAGGGCCAAACACUACAAAUCCCCAAGCGAACUGUUAGAGAUUUGUGAGCUUAGCCUGGAGAAGAUGGGCUCCGUGUUUGCAGAGAGUAAUGUUUACAUGUUGCACAUGAUGUAUCAGGCCAUGGGAGUCUGUCUGUACAUGCAGGAUUGGGAGGGUGCUCUACGCUAUGGACAGAAGAUUAUCAAGCCGUACAGCAAACAUUAUCCUUUAUAUUCCCUCAACGUGGCCUCCAUGUGGCUGAAACUGGGGAGACUAUACAUGGGCCUGGAAAACAGAACUGCUGGCGUUAAAGCUUUGAAGAAGGCAAUCGCUAUCAUGGAGAUAGCACAUGGGAAAGAUCAUCCAUACGUUAUAGAGAUCAAAAAGGAAUUAGAGGCCCACUGAGUCUUUGAAUCUAUGCAAUCCUUCAACCUUUCUUUAAAAGCCUUGCUAUGGAACCUUCAGGAGUGCUUUGAAAAUUGAUGUGGGAUGAAAGCUUUUCUGUAAAAUAAUUGGAAUGACAAACAUGUGGUGCACUUGGGCCUUGCCUCUUGCAUUCUCUGAGGUUUAUGUGAAAUAUCUUGAGCCUUGAUGAAUUAAUUUUUGAAUGCUUUUUCCCCCCUAAGGAAAUGCCACGGUUUCAUACAGUUCACGCCUUUGAUCAAUCAUGUGCAGAGAUGACCAAUUCUUUUCUUUAUACAUUUUAAUGUGUUAUGUACCUUCGCCAUGCAAAGCAAUUAAUUAAAUUGGGACAACAUUGCUCGAGCCUUGAUUGCUUGUUUGCCUUCACAUUCUAAUAACAUGCAUUUUGGCUUCAAAAAUGUAUUGUAGAGCACUCCUUUGAAAUUAAGUCUUUAUAACUUUUUCAUCUUUUGUAUACUUACUGCCCCAGUGGUUAUCAUGACCUUUGCACGUUUCCUGUCUUCACCUGUCCAGUUUUAAUAGCACUAGAUCAUGUCAUGAUAGACCUAGAGCGAACAAAAAGUAUGUUGUAUAUGCUGCUUGAUCAUGUCUGCUUAACUGCUCUACCAAUAGGAGUGGGCAAAUGAGGAGGCUUCCUCUGUGAUUUCUUUUCUCUCUCAAAAAGUCAAAGCCAUUAAUUGAGAACAAAUCUUGGUUUAUGUCUCUGCCUUGUUAGGAAAGGAACAACUCAUGGAAUCUGGCUUUGAACAUCAUAGCAAACAGAAUUCUAAUUGACAAAUUGCUUGGAAGAGUUCAACAGUGAUUGAACAGAUUCAUGAUAAAACAAAAUGUCUGUGAUUUCCAAAUGCAGCCACUAUCUACAUGGAUAAUGAUUAAUGCAUAAUUCCUUGUAGUGCUGACAUAUCUAUAUUUUAUUUAAUUUAUUUAUAGUAUACCACUUGACUCAACAAAAUGUCAAAUCAACAUAUAUCCAUCCAUCCAUCCAUCCAUCCAGUCAAGGCUGUGCUUCUUCUUCUUCUGUACUAUGCAAACACAUUGGAGUAAACAAGUUGACCUGCAUGUGAAUGCCUUUUAAGAAGCAUAUGUUUGCCCAAUGAUCAGUGCUCUGCAAUUACUUCUGUAUGCAUUUUUGCCUUCUGCCCAAAUAGUAGAAGCCAGUGCUGAUGUAAAAGUGAAAUAUUUCGCUUUGUCCUGGUUGCCUAUAAGUAGCAUUAUUCAGUGAAAUGAGACAGCACAAAUGACUUAAUAAAAAUACUGAACUUCA